AUGUAUGCUUCUACUUCUUUUACUUCACCACUCCUCCAUGAGCUUCUUAUGGAAUCUCACACAAGAAGGUUACUCUUCCAAAGCCCUUCUGAUGAUCAAUCAGUAACCAACUCUCCUGUUCUCACACACAACAAUUCAACCAAUUUAUUUUUUGGUCUUACUGAAACUGAUGCAAAUGUUGUGAUGAUACUUGGAGUUCUAUUAUGUGCUCUUAUUUGCUCACUUGCAUUAAACUCCAUCAUAAGAUGUGCCUUAAGGCUUUCAAAUGUAGCCAUCAACAAUAACGAAACUUCUUCAAGUUCAAGCAGCAACUCUUCACCUCAACUGGCCAACAAAGGAAUCAAGAAGAAAGCACUCAAAACAUUUCCAACAGUAAGUUAUUCAACUGAGUUGAAAUCACCAUGUUUGGAUACGGAGUGUGUGAUAUGUCUCUCAGAAUUUACAAAGGGUGAAAAGGUGCGCAUAUUGCCUAAAUGCAACCACGGUUUUCAUGUUGGUUGCAUUGACAAAUGGCUAAAGGCACACUCAUCAUGCCCCAAGUGCAGACAGUGCCUCCUUGAGACUUGUCGAAAGAUUGUUGGAUCGGAAGCUCCACCACCUAUGUUGCCGGUGCAAGAAACUAUUAUAACCAUCCAACCGCUAAACCGUGAAGCUGUUGAGCGUAGCUAUAGAGAAGAAAGCAGAUAA